UACUGAUUCAUUAUUAAAAUAAUCAUAAAUCAAAAUCAUCAUUAGAAGAACAUGGUAAACAGUAUCGAAUUCAGUUCGUCUUUCUUUUCUCUUUAAGGUGAAACAUCUGUAAAGUGCAAAGAUGGACACACCAUUAAGUUCGGCUGACCUCUCUGAGAUGUUACUGGCGGGGACCAAGGAGUCCCACACCAAAACGGAGAUCUCCCCGUUGGGCAGAGACUUCUACAGAGGCAUAGUCAAAAAGGACGUCCUUAAGAAAGGCAUUGAAGCUCUGUACUUUAUUUAUUCGGCCAUGGAGGAUGAGCUGGAGCGGAAUAAAGACCACCCUUACCUUGCUCCGAUCUAUUUUCCUACGGAGCUCUACCGCCGUGAAGCCCUGGCCCAGGACCUGCAGUACUUCUAUGGAGCGGAUUGGGAGAGCCUGAUAAGCCCCUCUGCAGCCACAAAGCUUUGGGUGAAGCGGAUCCGUGAGGUGGGAAAGAAAGACCCGGGGAUGCUUUUAGCUCAUUGCUAUGUUCGCUACAUUGGAGAUCUAUCAGGUGGACACCUCCUCAAUAAUGUGGCCAAGAAGGUCCUGAAGCUCCCUGCAACAGGGGAGGGUCUGAAGUUUUACACAUUUGAAGGAAUCACCAGUCAAAAGGGCUUUAAGCAGCUUUACCGAAGCAAGCUGAAUGAGGUGGACCUGGAGAUGGAGACCAAAGUAAGCAUUGUGGAAGAAGCUGUCAGAGCCUAUGACUUCUCCUUGAAGGUCAUUGCGGAGCUUGAAGAAAUUGGAACGUCUAGCAAGGAGGAAGCUGUAGGUUUGGGACACAGUCAUGCAGCCACCAUGGGAGGUGAUGCCAAGUGUCCUUUUUCAGGUGGUAACACAGGUAAGACAUUAUGCUUGUUCUUCUGAACAAAUAAAAAAACAAAUGAUAAAUAAAUAAUCCAGUAUGUCAUGAGUCUUGAUCAUUUUUGCAACCAAAGCAUCUCACUUAGCCUCCAUAUGAUUUAACUUCAACUGCAAACGUUAACUUUUUUUGGCAGAGAAGAACAUUUAGUGCAGUCUGGUAUAACUCAGGUUUAUUUUUUUACUAUUAAAAGUCAGUAAAAUGGAGCAUGCAUUACUGCUCAGGCUUGUCUAGUACGCCUAUACAUCUUCUAGGAUAUUAAUCCACCAACACAUAUGUUUUACAAAAUAGGUCCAACAUAGUCAGCUCGUUUAAAGUAUUUGUAAAACUUUUUUUUUUCAGUUUGCCACAAGUUUUCUCUUGUAUAUUAGUUUGGACUAUGACUGAAUGUUUUCUCCACAUCAAAAUGCUUUAAUAGAAUAUAUUUGUGUCUCUGGUUGUAUCAGAGAAUAUUGUCAUACUAACAGGUUAUUCUCAACUUCGGUCUGAAGUUUUUUUGCAGCCUAUAACAGUCAAUCUUUCUAAGACUGUCCUGCAUUUUGCUCCAUCCAUCCAUCUUUUAGUCCCAGCAGCUACCUUGUCACAUCUUGGCACAUCUUUAUUCAAUGACUUUGACGCAUCUGACAAGAGUAUUUCAACAUGGGUAUGCUUUGGUGGCGCAGUGGUUAGCGCACAUCACCCAUGUAUGGAGGCCUUAGCCCUUGAUGCGGGCGACCUGGGUUUGAAUCAGACCUGUGGUCC